AUGAAGUCCGUCUUCUUCAGCCUUUCUCUGCUCCUCCUUCUGGAGAAGCAAGCAGCUGGGAUAGGAAUCUAUGCGGGUGAGACAAAAGGACACUUUCUAGUAAAAACAUCCCCAGUUGUAUAUUUCCAGAAAGACCAUUUUCAGUAUGGGUCCAGAAGAGCACAGGAGGAUGGAGCUGAAGAAAGCAGUUUUGAGCAAACUAAAUACCAUGCGUAUGGCCAGGAUGCUGAUGCUGACCUGGGAGAGACUCAGAGCUCACAGGAACAGACAGGUGUAAGCGAAGACAUAGUUUGUGAUGAAGAAGACGAGAUUAGCCAACAAAAAUCCCGACUUCAGUCCCAUUCACAAAUAAAAUCCCAAACACAAGUAAAAUCCCACGGAGCCCAGGUGAAGUUGCAAACAGGCCAGCUAAAGACCCCAGGCCAGGUGAAAUCACAAAUCAAGCUGAAAUCCCACAGAGCCCCCCUGAAAUCCUCCCGGGCAUCACAAACUCUCCAGGAAGCCUUUCCUCAGCAAAUCAAGGGCAAAGCACAUGCCCUGGAUGAAGACCAGGCCCAAGUGCGUCAGCAGCAUAAAAUGGUUCACAGGCUCAAAAGCAAGCUUGGCUGGGUCAGGAGAACAGCAGAGUUCAUUCCGUAUUUCAGACAGUAUUUCCAAGGCUAUGAUGGGUAUUUUGUGCAGUUUCAAGGGCAACUGCAGGGUGGAACUCAUCACACAAAGCCUUUCCACCAAGCUCAACAGACGUGCUACUGUCCAAACGGAGAGUUAAUCCUAUAUCAAGAUGCCUUCACAGAAUAA